CGGGUUGGUCUGGAUUUAACAAGACCGCCUUUGUUUUAUGAUCAUUGUCUGUUGCGUCACAGUCCCUCUUGUGCUGGGGUAUCGCUCAUCUCUGCAUUUCUAGGUGCCGCCGAUUUCGUUUUGUAAUUCUAUCUUCGUAGUGCAGUGACAUAACAUUUUGUAUGGCGGGGGAGGAUUUACAGAAACAUGAUGAUGGGGAUGCACAAGAGGACAUGCAGUUGAAAAAUGAUGAUGUUGAUGUGCCUGAAGAAUCACAGCCUCCACAAAUACAAGAAUCUAAACCUGAAUUGGCUCAUGAUGACGGAACGAGGUGGCCUGGAUGGCCUGGAGAGAAUGUUUUCAGGAUGUUGGUUCCUGUGCAAAAGGUUGGUAGUAUCAUUGGGAGAAAGGGAGAGUCCAUUAAGAAAAUCAUUGAGGAGACAAAGGCUCGGAUUAAAAUUCUUGAUGGCCCUCCUGGGAUCUUGGAAAGAGCAGUCAUGGUCUCUGCAAAAGAAGAGCCCGAUGUUUCUAUAUCUCCAGCCAUGGGUGGUUUGCUGAGGGUUCAUAAGCAAGUUAUUGGUUUAGAUGCUACUGCUAGUCAUGCUACUUUAGGCGCCAUCAAGGGCAAAGCUGUCACCAGACUUCUAGUACCUGGUGCUCAAGCAGCAAGCUUGAUUGGGAAGCAAGGCUCCACUAUAAAAUCUAUUCAAGAUGCUUCUGGUUGUAUCAUUCGAGUUCUUGGAGCAGAACACCUGCCAAUUUUUGCUCUGAAAGAUGACAAUAUAGUUGAGAUACAAGGUGAGCCGACAGGUGUGCACAAUGGAGUUGAACUGAUUGCUAGUCAUCUUCGAAAGUUCUUAGUCGACCGCAGUAUUGUUGGAGUGUUUGAAACACAAAUGCAAAUGCCAAUUGUUCGAUCAAACCAGAACAUGCCCCCACAACAAUCUCGGGGCCCUCCUCAAGGUUUUCCAAAAAAUGCUGAUGGUGGAAAUGGUUAUGGGCCCAAUCCCCAAUAUUUGAUGCCUCAUCGUCAAUAUGAUAAUAAUCAUUCAGAUUCUGAUAUACCUCCCUUUGAUAAGCAGCCCCAUCACGGUUCUCCCAUGUAUGGUAGAGAUGCUUUUAUAGGCCAUGCAUCAAAUGCCCAGCCACAAUCAGUGGUUGGAAAGGUCACACACCACAUGCAGAUUCCUCUAUCAUAUGCUAAUGCUGUGAUUGGGGUUUCUGGUGCAAAUAUAAGCUAUAUACGUCGUGCCAGUGGGGCUGCUAUUGCAGUACAGGAAACAAGGGAUGUGCCUAAUGAGAUGACUGUUGAAAUUAAUGGAACUGCUUCACAAAUACAAACAGCUCAACAGUUGAUACAUAACUUCAUUGCUGAAGCUAAAAGUAACUUGCAGAACCAAGCAGGAGAAUCAAUUGGUCAGGGAUUUAAUGCUUAUCCAGCUUUCUCAGCCAGUGGAUCAGUCAGUCAAGAGUACACUCCUUAUCCAGCUGAAGAUCUGAUAUACACAUUGCAACCAUCUGAAGGUACUGGAUAUGUGAGCCAUGCUCCAACUGAAGACUAUGGUUCAGUGUAUGGCACCAAUUAUGGUUAUUAGAGACCAAGGUUCAUUUGAUUCACUUAUGGUAGAAUAUAUCUGUGGUCAUUCACCUGGAAAUCUGAUAUAAUUUUGGUAAUAGAACUCGGAUGUUAUUUGAUAUUUUUUAAAAUCAACUAGUUAUGUUUUGGGUACAUCUAGUUUGGUUUGUGUUGAGCAUUUGCAAGCUGCAUCUCUUGUGUAGUCCUAGUCUAUUGGGAUCCUCUUGUAGUGUUUCUGCAAUGCUAGUCAGCCAUUGAGUCA